UAUUCUUGCAAAGGAAAAAAAUGAAUUUGUUGUUUUGCAACGCAUCCUAUAUUCCCUGCCAGUUGAUUUUUAGUUUGCCCUAAUAGUGAUUUUCUUCAUGCUGACUGGUAACUGGUGAGAUAGUGAGAUAUGAUGUGCCUUGAGCUGUCCUGCUUGCCUUUUGACCAGGGAAACUGAGGAAGCCCUAAAGCUUCUUGAUAAUGCCUCUGUUCAUGAGAAUCAGGCUGCGAUGUGGGGAAUUUGUUCUGAAAAUGAUUGAAAAAUUACAUGAUGUGUAUUGAAUAUUGAUCUGUGAGAAUCUGAGAUUGAUUUGUGAACUGUUGAGCUUCGGGCCGCGCUUCGGGCUUUUCCGUCGGGCCGGGCUUGGGCUUGAGUUUGGAACAAAUUGGGCUCAGGCUUCGAUGACGGUCGGUUUUUACAAGCCCGGCCAGAGAAAUGCCCAGGCAUUGAGGUAUAGGCCCAAGAGACCAGGACGCAAACAGGCUUCCCCCGGAAAAAAAAAGGAGAGAGAGAUAAAGAGAGAACCCGAGUAGGCGGCGGCGCCACACUUGCCGGCGAUGUACGGCGAAACCGAGCCCGCCACCGCCGCGGAGCGCACUGCGUUCCGGCAAGCCGAGAAGCAGUAUAAGCUCUACAAGCCGUCCAACCCGAAGGGCAGGUCCAGCUCCAGGAGAAAGCCAACCGGUGGCGGCGGAGACGGGGACCUGUCUGCGGUAGUCGACUUCCACGAGCUGCUUGCUGGCGUUAGCGAGCUGCCCGCUGGGAUCGGGAGGUGCGACUCCGCCGGCUUCGUCAAGCCCGUGUUCUGCUUCCUGGAUCGGCCAGGAUUCUAUUUCAUUCCUGGCGCUCUUUCUACUGAGGAACAAUGCUAUUGGAUUAGGGAAAGCUUGAAAACAUUUCCACAGCCUCCUAAUAGAACAAACUUGACUGCUAUGUAUGGACAAAUUUCGGACUUGCUCUAUGCUGCUGAAAAUCAAAAGAUUUUUGUUGAAGUGGAAGGUUCUGAUGGCCAGGAAAGAAAGGAGCAAGGUAAUGAUGGGGAGAAGACACGUUGCAAAAUAUUCAAAUUUGUGGCAGACUCGGAGAUCCAAAAGGGGGAAACACGCAAGUCAAUUGCAGCUGCUACUCUUGUACGCAAGCUUCGGUGGAGCACCCUUGGCUUGCAGUUUGAUUGGUCAAAACGUAACUAUGAUGUAUUACUUCCACAUAACAAGAUUCCAGAUCACCUUGCUACUCUAGCAAAAAAGAUGGCCAUUCCAGCCAUGCCUUCUGGAGAAGAAUUCAAUGCAGAAGCCGCCAUCGUGAACUACUAUGGUCCAAGUGACAUGCUUGGUGGCCAUGUUGAUGACAUGGAAGCAGACUGGACAAAACCUAUUGUAAGCAUAAGUUUGGGUUGCAAGUGCAUUUUUCUUCUUGGAGGAAAAACGAGAGAUGAAGCUCCAAGAGCAAUGUUCCUGCGAAGUGGUGAUAUUGUACUGAUGGCUGGGGAAGCACGAGAACGCUUCCAUGGUGUUCCACGGAUCUUCACAGAAAGUGACCAGCAAGAAAUCCUUGCAGUUGUAUCACAACUAUCUGGUGACGAUGACCGCUUUAUCUCGGACUACAUUCGUAAUUCAAGGAUAAAUAUCAACAUAAGACAAGUAUACUGAAGUUUACUUCAGUUAUGAUUGAAAUAGCAAGGUUUAGAAUGCUGCUUUCCUGCCGCCUCCCCGUGCUGUGCAAUGGUUACUACAUCUGGAGAUGGAUCCGAAAGGUUGUUGUUGAACCAUAGGAUAAUUCAUUGCUCAAACGACAAUUUAGUAGCCAGACUAAUCAGGAAACCCAUUCUUGGCCUUCUAAAGGAUCGGCCUCCAAUGGACACAUGCCAGUUUUGAUACUUCUACACCCUCGGGAAGAUCUAAAUUCUCAUUGAUUUCCGGCUAAUGCAAGAGAUUGUAUAUCAGUUGUUGGCUUCUUGUCGCUCGAUUUUUUGGGAGACUUGACUCAGAAAAAUCAUUUGCCCAGAUCGUGAUCCUAAAUAAUUUAAUGACAAGAGAUUUGUGUACUGUUA